AUGGCCUGUUCUCUGGUUACGGCUACGCCGCCCAUCCCGUGUCUACGCCAGCGUCCACCGCAGCUGUUCCCGUCCGCGCGGCCGUACCAGUCAGGCCGUGUGGUUUUGGUGCAGUGGUCACCGCCGCCUCGUGGUUGGUUCAAGUUAAAUUUCGACGGAUCUGUUUACCACGACGGCUCAGCGCGAGCGAGCGUCGGUGGCGCCAUCCGCGACAGCGCCGGCCGCAUCGUGCUCGCGUUCGCCGAGCCGACAGAACACUCCACGGUUGGCAUCGUCGAGGCGCGCGCGAUGAUCCGCGGUCUCCGCCUGGCGCUUGGGCUCUACCUGCAGCGGCUCGUGGUCGAGGGAGAUGAUCUCGUGCUGGUUCAGCUGCUCCGUGACGAGGAGACGCAGACACGAAUCCCCAUGGCGUUGCAGGAGGAGAUCCACGGGCUGCUUCGCUGCUUCUCCGGGUGCGACGUCAAGCACGUGUAUCGAGAGGGAAAUCAGGUGGCGCACACCCUCUGCCGCCAGGCCUACCAUUGUCCGGGAGUGUGGGUAGGGAUCGUGCCGUCCGUCGUCUUUGACAAGGCUGAAGAAGAUCGACGUGGCGUGUUGCACGAGCGUGCUGUGGUGGUCCGGUGA